UUAGAGGUGUUUUCGCACGAAUAGAUCGUGCGAUUAGUUCCCAUCUUUACCAUCUAGAUCCUCCUCCAUGUGAAGUGACACUGACACCUCCACUCAAACAAAAAAUGAAACAACCGGACAGGUGAUAUCCGGCCAUGAACUACUUCCUACCACUGCAGGAGGCCUUUUGCUCAUCUACAUAACCAGUGUGUGAGAUCGCACUAUUCCGCUAAGCCUCGGUUUCGAUGGAGGUUUUCGAAGUUGAUCAGCCGGAACAUUUACUGUUAGUGAACGAAGACGAGCAUGGUGGGUUUAGUGGAUCAGAAGCCAAAAUCGAGGUGAAGAAUUUGUGGAGAUUUUCAGAUAAAGGAGUUUCCAUCCUUCAGAACGUAAGUCUGGACAUACCUAGAGGCAAAAUCAUCGGAAUCAUAGGCCCGAGUGGUAGCGGUAAGUCUACGCUAUUAAGGGCACUCAACCGUCUAUGGGAACCAGCUUCCGGCACGGUGUUCCUUGACGGAAAAGAUAUCACCGGCCUUGAUGUUCUUCAGCUGCGGCGAAAAGUCGGUAUGCUGUUUCAGCUUCCUGUUUUGUUCGAAGGGACAGUUGCAGACAACAUAAGAUAUGGGCCACAGCUGAAAGGAAAGAAACUAAGCGAUCAAGAAGUGUACAAGUUGCUGACAUUUGCUGAUCUUGACUCCUCUUUCUUCAACAAACAUGGCAACGAACUAUCUGUUGGUCAAGCUCAAAGAGUUGCACUUGCUAGAACAUUAGCCAAUGAGCCAGAGGUUCUGUUAUUAGAUGAGCCAACAAGUGCUUUGGAUCCAAUAUCGACACAGAACAUAGAAGAUUUGAUGAUGAAGUUGAAGAGUAGUAAAGGGAUGACGAUUGUUAUGGUUUCCCACAGCAUUAAACAAAUUCAAAGGAUUGCAGACGUGGUUUGUGUGCUUGUAGGUGGUGAAAUUGUUGAAGUUGUGAAUUCAGACAAACUCUCAGAAGCUAAGCAUCCUAUGGCAACCAGAUUUCUUCAACUCAGUUCUUGAUUUCUAUCAGAGUUCAACAAUUGAAUCCCCCUAUUAGUGUUUAUCAGAACACUCGGUAUGUGUAUAAUGAUUAAUAUAAAUGUUUGUUUUUUUUUUUUUUUUUAUCAA